AAGGAAAAUUAAGAAUUAUUAAUCGAGUGACAAAAUAAUCAUUGCGAAAAUAAGGAGAAUUUUUGUGAAUUCAAUUAAAAAUUUGGAAGUGAAAGUGAAGUGAAAAGAUUCAACAAAAUGAAUUUCUGUUGUUCUAUCGUUAAAUUCUUCGUCGUUCUGAUGAACUUGGUGUUUUGGAUCGCCGGCAUUGGUAUUGUUGCAUUAGCAGUAUGGAUGCUUGUAGAUCCAGCAUUCAUGAUCUCAUUGGCUCAAGAGCAUCAGAAUUAUCAAUAUGCUCUAUUUAUACUCCUGGCUAUUGGUAUUCUCAUGGUGUUACUCGCAUUCUGUGGAUGCUGCGGUGCCCUUAAAGAAUCGUCUUGCAUGCUCGUCUCGUUCUUCUGUUGCAUGCUAAUUGUUCUUACGGCAGAAAUAGCUGCUGGGUUCUGGGCAUACCAAAACAGUGAUAAACUUGAAGCAUUCGUAAAGUCCAACUUUAAACAUACAAUUGCUAAUGAAUAUAGGGAAGUUCACGCAAGGACAGAGAUGGUUGAUCACAUUCAAAUUCAUUUACAAUGCUGCGGUGUUGAUGGACCUGCUGAUUGGGCUAAUACCAAAUAUAAUAACGCCAAGGGUGGAUUAUUGGACUUGUCUGUUACAAAUAAAUUGUCAUACUCUGUUCCACCAUCAUGUUGUAAGAACGGAACUGAACGAUCAUUAUGUGAAACAACGAGAAAAGGUGCCAUAACAACAAGUGUUAAUCCAAUUAUCAAUAAAACUGGCUGCAUGGAACGAGUCGUUCAGGAAGUUAAAAGGAAUAUCCAAUACAUCCUUCUUGGCGGUUUAAUAGUAAUUGCUGUUCAACUCUUCGGAAUUCUCCUAGUCCUGUGCUUAUGCUGUGCAGUCAAACGUAACAAAGAUGAUGACUACAAAGAUUAAAAUCAAGCCGAGAGCAGACUAAAGAAACCGAAUUAUCUGUAUGAUGAAAUUCGUUAUUAAUUUAUUUUCUAGUAAGGACGUGGGGUUGAUGUGGUGUGAUUUUUUCUUAAGUUUAAGGGACGAACAAAAAACAAAACAAAUGAUACAAACAAAUAUGAAGUAUGAAGACGAGAGACAAAGAGGGACAAUCUUUAUCUCUGCUCUGCUCUGCUGACAAAAAAAGAAUAUUGACGAAAAAAAAUUAAUUAAUGUAAAAUUUCAUGAAGAAAAAGACGGAAAAUGAUGCAUUUUGAAUCAGUUGGUUAAUAAUUUGGGUUUUUUGGUUCGUGCAGUUUUUUGCAACUUUACCAAUGAUAUUAUAUUUGCAUGCAGCUGAUAUGCAAAUCCGAAGGAGAAAUAAGUUUAUUGAGUUGAUUUGUUGAUAUUUCAAAGCCGUCACGUUUUUGAGCUAGUCGAGUAGCUUUAUGAAUUGAAUAUUAAUUUCUUA